AUGCACAAGAAAACUCACAUGGAAGCAAUGAGCAUGGAGGAAAAAUGCGCCCUUGAAGUGUUACAACAACCUCAUGAUGACUUCAGUGAUUGGGCAUUUGAUGGUGAUGAUGGUUUUGGCAUGAGCAUAUUGGAUGGCUCCAAGCCAAUAGACAUUAGCCAUGCAGGUGGAGAGCUACAGGAACUUACCCAAGAACUCGUGGGUGACUUCUGGAACAUUGUUGAGACUUAUGGUGUCAUCAGAAACAUGAAGACAUCUCGUGUUCAUCGCAUAGACUACAGGAACAGGCGUGACAGGACUAGGCACCAUACAGAAGCUUUUGACAGGCAAAUGACAUUGGAUGGGCGAGGUUUUUUCUCUCACUACUCGGAUAGGACACAAGAUGUGAAUACAGGAUCGAUUGCUAUAAAGGUGGUAGAUGUGUUUUACACUGAAAGGCUACCUCUGAGUAUUCUACUUACUGAUGCCUUUACUGCAUCUGCACUUGCCUAUGUGAGGACAUUGUGUGACCUGCAAGACUGCUUUAUACUAUGGACGGCAAUGAUUCACUCAAACAACAACAACAACAACAACAACAACAACAACAACAUACCUCCACGCUCUGCUGAACUCCCAUCUAUGCAAGUGGUUCGGAGUGACCGAUAUCUGCCAAGAGAGUAUAUUGAUCAGUUUGUGGCCAACUCACCUGCAGAUAUGAUGGCAGACAACAAUGAGCUUCUUGCUUCUUUUGCUGACAUGGUCCAGAGCAGUGAACAAUCAAAAUACCCUCUAGCAGUGGUCUCAAAACUACUAGAUACAUUCAGGAAGGACCUGGGCAGUGGCUACAAUGUCAGUUCUGAAGUUCUGUGGGAUGCCAUGCACAUGACCUCAACCACACUUCCCUCGUUGGAGCUUUCCAUGGACAUGCUCACCAAUGCCUUUGCCAACUCAAUCAUCUCACUACCUAUAUUGAUGGACUCGGACUUGAAGAUCUUGAAGGGUGCAAAUGCAUAUUUUCAAAGUCCAAUGCACUUGCUGCAUCUGUCCAUUAUGCCAGCAUCUUCCACCAGCGACAGGCCAUUGCUAACUACUUUCAACAUAAUGAUGAUUUUGAGGUAUAUGCAAACCUUAGCAUUCAAUGUGCUCCAUGAUGGUCAAAGAAUGCUGCCCAAACUGAUGGUUGAGCUUGGUGUCACAGAUGAGAACGCAUUUGACGCUUGGCUAGCCAAGGAGCACAACUACCUAAUGUCCCUAACACAAGAACCUGAAAGCAAGACACUCCAAAUGGAAUAUUGGCAGAGGCUGGUGAACUUGUCUGGGAGCAAACAUGCAAUUGAGAAUUAUGAGAAGGAUUUGAAGGUUGUACAGGAGCUUGAGGUCAAGCUUGGGAUCACUCAUAGAUGGGUACUGGAUGAUCAGGAGUGGAGGGAUGUGGGUCGUCUAGUUGCCAAUUGCAAGUUGCAAUGUGUGCUUGAUAACCUGGAAGGUUUGGUUAUCACCCAAAUUUUCGAGCUCUCAAAGAUGAAUCAAGUGGGAACAGGUUACAAGCUUCGUAAACACAUUGGCAAAGCCUUGCAAAUGCAUUCAGCAGCCAUCCGCACAGCUCUUGACAGAUUUACAGCAUACCAUCUCCACCAUUUGCAUGAAAUCACUGCAUUACCAGGCUUUACAGGACCAACAACACCAGGAGAAAGUAUGGAGGAAGGCCCUGGUGCAGCUGCUGUGUGCAUUCCAGCAGUGCUCAUUCCCACAAGCCUCACUAUGAUGGAGGGAGAAGAAGAUGAAGUGCUAGAGGACCUUGAUGAGGAGGAGAUUGCUGACACAGACAGGGAGGAGAACUCUCGCAUCCUCGAAGACAUCCUGCAGGUUGCUGUUGAUGCUUGA